GACUGAAAGAGAAAGUGAAAGAGUGAAUUCGCUUAUUCACUGCGGACUCGACGAGCUUCAGCUUCAGCUACAGCUUUACUUCUGCCAAUCAGUCACCGAUAAAGCGUGUUUUCAGGAUGUCUCGAGGCUCGAACGCGGGGUUUGACCGACACAUCACCAUCUUCUCCCCCGAGGGACGCUUAUAUCAAGUCGAAUAUGCCUUUAAGGCCAUCAGUCAGAGCGGACUGACCACGGUGGGCAUCAGAGGAGUGGACUGUGCAGUUCUGGUCACGCAGAAGAAAGUGUCGGACACACUCCUGGACGCCUCUACAAUGACAAACAUGUUUCGCAUCACUCCACGCAUCGGCUGCGUCAUGACUGGACAUUACGCUGACAGCCGCUCUCAGGUUCACCGUGCGCGUAUCGAGGCCGGCGAGUGGAAGUAUAAGUUCGGCUAUGAUGUGCCGGUGGACGCUCUGUGCCGGCGUCUGGCUGAUCUGUCUCAGGUCUACACACAGAACGCUGAGAUGAGGCCGCUGGGCUGCUGUAUGAUGCUGAUCUCCAUGGACCCCCAGAAGGGCCCCAUGCUGUAUAAGUGUGACCCGGCGGGAUACUUCUGCGGCUUCAGGGCCACCAGUGUGGGAGUCAAACACACCGAGGCCAACAGCUACCUGGAGAAGAAGAUCAAGAAGAUGGAGAAGCAGAAGAAGAAGGAGGAGGCGGUGGAGCUUGACUAUGACAACAGCGUGCAGAUGGCGAUCUCCUGCUUGUCUUCAGUUCUCUGCAUGGACUUUAAGUGCACUGAGCUGGAGGUGGCUGUGGUCACUAAAGAAAACCCCAAAUUCAGGACUCUGUCAGAAGUGCAGAUCGAGCGUCAUCUGGUUGCGAUUGCAGAGAGAGAGUGAUCUGUCAGUGUGUGUGUGUGUGUGUGUGUGUGUGUUUUCUACUUUUACACUGCUCUGUUACUCCACACCCUCAGUCCAGACACCAGCAGAUACUCAAAUAAAUCAAUACUACUGUCCACCA